AUGAAGGCCGCUUACUUCAACUCUAAUCGUAUCAAGAACUAUUAUCAAGUCUUCCAUUUGUUAGACAAAUCUGAAAAGAUAAUUUUAGAACUGAGGGGAGAAGUAGAGCGUUUAACUAGCGUUAUAGAGAGCGCCGGCAGAGCGAGAUUACCGAGCACCGACAGCCUCUCCACGGACCAUCUCAACGCGACGCUCCAGGCGCUCAGACAACACAAUAAGAGUUUGGAGGAGCAGGUAGAGGAGCUACAGGCGCAGCUGCUGACGCGGGGCGUGGAGGAGGGGCGGGAGCUGGUGACGGCCGUCAGUGGCAACUCUCUGGCCGCUGAGUUCCAUGCCAUGACACAGGAGGAG